GGUGUGGCUCGUAGCUUGCUGGAGCUAAAAUUUUCACACUCUGAUCAGUGUCAAUCUAAUGGCAGUCGAGCAGCCUAGUUUCACUGGUUUUCUCAAGGCCAGCGGGCAGGCCGAGGUAUGGGACGAUGAGUUCGACAUGAAAAAGUUCCAACAGUUCGGCUGGAGGACAACAACCAACGAGAGCAACUACUCGACAGACACUUUAGUUGGAAACUGGAACGAAGAGAAGUUUGACGUCAAGUCACUUAGUAAGGCAAAACCAUUGCCAUCACAAUAUGAUCAUUAUUUUGAAACAACAUACAAAGCUGGUUACUCUCAGCCAAAGAAAAAUCCCCAGACACUUCCAAAAAGUCGCAGCACAGAAACAUACAGAGCUUUCCCUGGCCACCAACCAUCUCUUGAUCUCCCACAAGCAAAACAGCAGUACAACUCCUUUUUAACCACUUCAAGAGAAGCAUACGGUUCACCAUAAAAAUAUUUGUAUAAUUAUUAACAAUCUAAUAAAUAUUAACACUCAUAGAGUGCUACCAUUA